GUGUCACUCUCUGUUACAGUGAUGGAGCACAUGGAGAGUUGAGGAAAGAGGAAGCCACGUUGACACAAAUAGUGUUUCUUCUGUUUCUUCUCUCGCGCCCGAGGGGAACCGAACCGUCACGUCCUCAACGUGCACUUGACGACCGUUGGAACAUUUAGGGAAAGGUCAAAGACGCCACAUCAUCAGGAUGAGUGUUGGAUUCAUUGGAGCGGGCCAGCUGGCUCAUGCACUGGUGAAAGGGUUCACUGCUGCAGGUGUGAUUGCUACACAUAGGAUUACAGCCAGUUCCCCAGACUCAGAGCUGCCCACAGUGUCAGGGCUGAGGAAAAUGGGGGUGAACCUGACGAUUAGCAACAAAGAGACGGUCAACAAAAGUGAUGUGCUCUUCCUGGCUGUGAAACCCCACAUCAUCCCCUUUGUUCUGGAUGAGAUUGGGCCAGACAUCGAGGACCGUCACCUCAUCGUCUCCUGUGCGGCAGGUGUCACCAUCAGCUCCAUAGAGAAGAAGCUACUUCAGUACCGUCCAUUUCCUAAAGUCAUGAGGUGUAUGACAAAUACUCCAGUGGUGGUGAGAGAGGGAGCUACAGUGUAUGCCACUGGGACAUAUGCUCAGGUGGAGGACAGCCAGUUGCUGGAGCAGCUGAUGUCCAGUGUAGGUUUUUGUACGGAGGUGGAGGAGGACCUCAUUGAUGCUGUCACUGGGCUGAGUGGCAGUGGACCAGCCUAUGCGUUCACAGCACUGGAUGCUCUGGCUGACGGAGGAGUGAAGAUGGGUCUGCCCAGAAGGCUGGCUGUCAGACUUGGAGCUCAGGCCCUAUUGGGAGCAGCUAAGAUGCUGCUGGACUCGGAGCAGCACCCAGGCCAGCUGAAGGACAACGUGUGCUCGCCAGGGGGCGCCACCAUUCAUGCCCUGCACGUCAUGGAGAGCGGCGGCUUCCGCAGCUUACUGAUCAAUGCAGUGGAGGCUUCGUGCAUUAGGACGCGGGAGCUGCAGUAUCUGGCAGACCAGGAGCGCAUCUCUCCAGCAGCCAUUAAGAAGACGACACUGGACCAGGUGCUCCAGCAGCCCGGAGUUACAGUCAGCGGAGGAGCUAAUGGGAACAGCAGAUCGGGACUCAGCCUGUUUAACAAUCGCGGCGGCCCCAGUAUCAAGAAAAAGAACUGAGUGCACAGGCUGACACACACAUUUACACACACAUGCUUGUACAGCUGAUCUGGUCUGAAAUCGCAUCCAAAUCAAUUUACAAUAAUGCACAAUUAUUUAUUCAGACUUAAGUUACAUGCUGUGACCUGCAGGUGUCACCGCCACAUUACCCACAAACACAGGUGCAUUCUUGGUGAGUUGCAGACAGGUCUAGCCUUAUGUUGGGAUGCAGGAUUAUUGUCUACACACAAACGCAUACACACUGACAACUCCAGAUACACAUUGAAGAGCAAAAGUGCAUUUACAAUCUGUGGUCUGUCUGUGUUUGGGAUCCAGACUACCAGGGCUGGUUAACAGUAGUGACCCAGUGGGCAAUCAUGGGAUCCUGGUACACACCUGGCAGCAGAUGGCUGCUGGGACACCAUCAAGCUCUUAAUGAUCGUCUUUUAUUUUAAAACAAAAAUGAAUCCACAAUGUAAAUCAUCCUGUACACUUCUUUUGUCUAUGCUUGUACUUUAUAUUUUGUUUAACCAACAGUACUCUACUGGUAAAAAAGACUUAUGGUCAUUGAACACAUUUUUUUUAACUGCUUUUAUUUUUGUUUUGAUCGUCGUAUACGAACACUGGUCUUCAUUAAUAAUAUUCCUUCCUUGCAGUGUUGCAAUGUUUUUUGGAACAGGGAGAACAUUGUGCCUUUGACCCUCAAUGUUUUGCUCCCUUAUGAAGUUCAUUCCAAUCUUUAACAUUAGGGAUGUGCGUCAGUCCCGAAAGCAAUACUACGCUUCCGAUACCAGUGUUUUAAUUAAAAAGCUGUAUGCCUCACCAACCAACACAUAGAUAGAUAAAUGUACUGAAUUGUUAUUCAUCAAAAUGAUGGACUCCAAUUGACUCAUUGUCACAGAUGCCUGAUCCAGCUAUUUAAGUUAGUUUCGGACAGGUAUCCAAUGUCUUAUCAGUGCAUCUCUAUUUUGUUUUAAUUAAUUUGUUCCUGCUUGUUAAGGACAUUUUGGGUCUAUAACUCCAAAUCUAAAACUAUUAUCUUGAAUCGCCUAAUGUUUUUUAAUAGAAAGACAUUUUCUACAUUUUCUCUCAAAGAAAUGGAAAGUUGUUACCUGAAAGUCCUACAAGACAUUCAUAUACACAGAAACACAAUUAUAUGAAGAUUAUCUAUAUCAAGAUAUAUUCAUAGAUUAUGAUGUAUCGACAUCAUGGCAGUCCGUCCUAACUAUGUAUUUGGUAAUGUUUGUUAUAUUUUUAUGGUACAUAUUAUGUUAUCAGUUUUUUUUUUCGUUUUGGGGUAUCAACCAUUGAGUUGGUGUGCCAGUCAAAAGGUAAAUAUUAAACAAGCAGAAUCAUAUGUUUUUGUUCCAAAGUGACUUCAUCCCUGAAUUGAAUGAGUCUGGAUUGACUCUCAGUACUCGGCUCUGACUCUACUCAGUUGCUUUGUGUCCUGUUCUAUUUUCUCAGCUCCAUUUGUUUUGCCCAACUCUGUGUAGGACAUGUUUGUUUGUUUGAGGUUUCCCCAAGACUACGUCUGACCAGGCUCAUCAGUGUGUAAUCAAGAUGCGCCCUGGCCUGCAGAUGGCACCCUAUGAUCAAAUGACCAGAUUCUGCAAUUCUAGUCAGAUCAAAUUACCCUGUUCCCAUAUCUGCUGGUUGAGAGGGAUUUUAAAAUUGACCCUGGGCUAACGUCAAAUGUACUACACCGCCUCACUUAUUGCACAGUUACAUGUUUCACCCACUAGUCACUGAAAACAUUCUGGUUGUGUCUCUUCUCAAUUUGAUUCCUCUCCCAAAAAUGCAUGUGCCUUCGGUCAUAAGAGAUACAUGUGUUUCCGUCCCUUCCCUGGAGGGAUGUUGUGAUUGGCUGAGGAAACGCAGUCCAAUUAUAGAAGCUUUCUGUCAGAGUGACUAAUGAUUGUGGAUUUCACUGUCGAUCCAAACUUCUACUCUUGUCUUCUAUUGGUCUUAACAUUAACAAAGUAUUAACAAAUUCAGAAAUGAAAGACGAAAACAUAAUUUAAAGUCCAUUACAAAGUGCUGCAUGAAAUAUCCUUCUCAUGUAAAAGUAUACAUGUGCUGAAUGUAUUUAUAAAUUGAUAUCAUUUUUAAAAGAAAAAGUAUUUAUACUCGAGUAAUAUGUCCACUGUGACAUCUUUUAUUAUUAAUGACAUUAUUGGAUUGUUUCAUCUGUGUGUAACAUCUUAGUGUAAUAGGUUCGGUGAAAUUUGAACCAAUUUAUUUACACUUUGGUAGUUUAGUACAGUGGUACUCAAACUAGGGGUCUGACCCCAAGGGUCACCAGAUAAAUCUGAGGGGUCUAGAUAUAAUUAAUGGGAGAAUAGAGAAUUUUUUUUUUGACUUUUCUCUUUUCUGAACUUGUUGAGCCUCAAAUGUUUAUUUCACUGAAACUAUUUGAGAAGUUAACCGGAGGAAUCGUGCUUUUGUAGAACUGCUAUAAACUUAAAUGAGACGUAA